AUGGGGCAUACGUUUAUCCUACUGCUUGCCUUAGUGGCAUCGAUAUUGGCGGGACCAAUUAUUAACACAGGAUCAUGUUCAACACGUUGUACAGAAACAAAGAAAUUUGGAUACGAGACCGGAAAAACCUACGAAUAUGACUACACAACCGACGUCGACACAACAGUACAAGGGGCAUCCGAGGAAAAAGCCGGAGUUCAGUUGACUGCCAAAGUUUACAUCGAUGUCGUCUCAAAAUGUGAAAUGAAUCUUCGGCUUGACAAUGUUAGACUAUUGGAAUCAGACCCUAAAGCGCCUGAAACACUGAUAGAUGCCGACAAAAGUGGAGAGUUCAGAACUAACCUUGAGAAAUCUCCUUUGGCAUUCUCCUUCCAAGAUGGCCGCAUUGAAGAACUUUGUACAUCCAUACCUGAGAAAACAUGGGUACUCAACAUCAAACGUGGUAUCCUCUCAGCAGUUCAAAACUCAAUGGAUGACCUGACACAGGAUCAAAAAGUCCAAGAGACCGACAUCACUGGGGAAUGCAAAGCAGCCUAUACUGUAUCUAGCAACGGAUGGUACUCCAGAACAAUCAAGAAGAGCAAAGACUUGCUUGGAUGUACAGACAGACAUGGAUACAAUACAAUGAUGCAGGGAACACCAUACAAAAUUAAAUCUGAAAUUCAGUCUCUGCCACUGAUAAAAGGUAGCCAUGAGUGUUCACAAGACAUCAGCAAGGCUGGUAUACUACAGAGCAGUGUAUGUGAAGAAGAACAUGUUCUCCGACCAUUCUCAAGGGAAUCCAGUGGUGCUAUAACAAAGACCAAACAGACAUUGAAAUAUGUAACAGAAAGGGUAUCAUCGUCUAGCUCAAUUUCCAUUGGACACCGCGUUCCAUUGACGUUUGUGCAUUCUAACGAUGGUAGAGGUACAAUCAGGGAUGUCAUGAGUAAACUGAAUGAAAUUUGUGUAUCCACAUCUGACAGUGUGAAACCAGAUACUCCACUUUUGUUUUCUGGACUGGUUAGACUGAUGAAGGCUUUAGAAAGUGAUGAUCUGGAACAGAUUUACAGAAAGGUGAAAGGAACCAGGUUCUGUGCAUCGAAUCAAAAGAGAGUUGAGUAA